AUGCCGCCCAUCUCCCCCAAUGGGGAGCAUUGUCGCACGGUCUGUAAAAUCGCUGCAACUCUUAAGAACGCCAAUAAUUCCUCCAGAGAAAAGCUCACAGCUGCAGCCCAGCCCCUCAGGAAGGUGAGUAACCCUCUUCUUUGCCUCCGCCAGGUUGCCCGGUCUCAAGGGAGGGGCAUUUUUCUCUUCCGGAAACUCAAGGAUGUGAUUGACUGGAGGAAGGAUGGCGUUCGCCUUGAUGAUCAGAAAGAUGAAAUUCCAGUGGAGAAUUACGUCGCUCAGCGUUAUAUCGAGAACCCAUAUUUAAUAGGUGGUCGGAAAUUCGACUUACGGGUGUAUGUUUUAGUGAUGUCGUACAUCCCCCUCAAAGCUUGGCUGUACCGAGACGGCUUUGCUCGCUUCUCGAACACGCGCUUCACUCUGAACACCCUCGACGACCACUAUAUUCACCUGACCAACGUAGCUGUGCAGAAGACGGCCCCUGACUACGAUCCUGAGAAAGGCUGCAAGUGGAUGAUCCAGCAAUUCCGCCUCUUCCUGACGGCCAAGCACGGGGCCGAAGCUGUGGAGAUGCUCUUUUCCGAGAUGGACAACAUUUUCAUCAAGAGCCUGCAGAGUGUCCAGAAAGUGAUCAUCAGCGACAAGCACUGCUUUGAGCUCUACGGUUACGAUAUUCUGAUCGAUCAGGACCUCAAGCCGUGGCUUCUAGAGGUCAAUGCCUCUCCUUCUCUCACUGCUAGCAGCCAGGAAGACCAUGACCUCAAGACACGCCUCCUGGAGGACACAUUGAACAUUGUGGACAUGGAAGGCCGUUUGACGGGGAAGGAAAAGCGCGUUGGGGGCUUUGAUCUAAUAUGGAACGAUGGCCCCGUCAGCAGAGAAGAUGGAAAUCUGGAUACGCCAAUGAACGGUUUUGUGGCAAAUACACACCUAGGUUACAACAAUGACAGAAAGAAACAGCUGAAGCAGCUUUUCAAGUCGUUACAGACACAGCAAAAAGUUUAAUGCUCAGCCAGGAUGGGGCGGAGUUAAAAAAAAUGAUCUGAAGUUGGGGGGGCAGCUUCCUGCGUUAUAGAGCUAAAGCAGGGACCCUUACCAGCUUUCCUGCCCUGACCAACGUCAGCGGGACGUCCCUUUGCUUUGGAGAGGGCACAUCUUCAGGAAAAACCUUGAAGGAAAGGGAGGAGUUUUGACCGGUGGGGCCAAGUAGGAGCAGAGAGUGGCUUUGAAGAUGGACAUACAGCAAGUCGCCUCUGUUGCAGUCAGAGAUUGCUCAAGGAACUGAUACCUUACCAAGGCAGACCAACCACAAAAACGUGGAAAACAUUGUAUAACAUUUGCUCUGCCGAGUGGCAGAAGGAAAAGAGUUGCCAUCAUGCGCAUGAAGCUGGGCAGAGAGGUAUCGUAGCUAAAACCUCUUCUGCCCAUCCUGCCCCCAGUUCAAAUGCACUGUAAUGAGCACGAAUAAAAAUGAAUGCC